GAUAACCUGGAGAGGAUCUGCAGCCCGGACCAGGAGGAACCAGGGCAUCCACAGACUACAGAACUGGAGGAAGACUCCAGCGGUCAGGAGAUGAAGCACGAGGACGUAGAGGUGGAUGUCUCAUUGGUCAAUGUCGCUCUUGUGAAAGUUGAAAAUGGUGAACCAGGACCAAACUGUGGCCAGCUGCUGUUGCACACUUCUCCUGAAGCUCAAAUCAAAGAUGAGGAAGGGACUGAAAGUUUACGCUCAGACACCAGUAAAACUGCAGAUCCGGAGCCAAUGAGACGACACGGUGACCACGAAGAUGCUGCUUUCCCGUCAGACAGCAACUGUAAAUCAAAGCUGACCAGGACCCACACGGGGAAGAAGGCGUUUUCUUGCAGCACUUGCAGGAAAGAGUUCAGUAGAAGUAGUAUUUUAAUGGAUCACAUGAAGAUCCACACUGGUGAAAGGCCGUACCUGUGCAGCACCUGCGGAAGAUCGUUUAGAAAAUCAUCAACAUUCAAGAACCAUAAAAUGAUCCACACAGGCGAGAAGCCGUACAUCUGCAAAAUAUGUGGAAAAAGUUACAGGCAACGUACCAGCCUGGUGGUUCACUCGAGGACCCACACCGGCGAAAGGCCGUACCUGUGCAACACCUGCGGAAAAACCUUUACUCAUUUAUCGGAUCUUAAACGGCACAUAACCACGCACACGGGCGAGAAGCCCUACAGCUGCAAAACAUGUGGAAAAAGUUACACAGACCGUUCCGGCCUGCUGGUACACAGGCGAGAAGCCCUACAUCUGCAAAACAUGUGGAAAGAGUUACAAGCAACGUUCCCACCUGGUGAGUCACUCGAGGACCCACACCGGCGAAAAGCCGUACCUGUGCAACACUUGCAGCAAAACCUAUACUAG